ACCAACACAUCGCCUCACCCAACUUGUUCGCCUGCGCAUGCGCCUCUCCUCCUAUAUUUGUGGUUCAACAUAUCCGAAAAAAAAGGCGCUGUACCAUGGACAUGAGUCCGACCUGCUGCCAAGCAACCCUCUCCUAGACACAUCUCUGGCUUCAUGACCAUUCACUCGCACCCUCGACGGCCUCCACCAUGACGCGCCGAAUAGUCCGCACGGGCAUCCAGCUCGUUGCCCUCACCAUCCUCCUUUCCAUUACAGUCUUCUUCCUCGACAACCGCUACCGAGUCCUCCCCCAGUCCGUCCACAGCCACCUGCCUCUCCACCAUGAUGGCCUCGUCAUAACCGAUAUUACCGUGCAGACCUGCUCGACAAUCAACCCACUAUCCAAGUGCAUGCUCGACCAAAAGAUAUGGCAUCGCAUAGAAAAGGAUCUCUACCUCAACAAGGGUUGGGUUGGCAGGGCAUAUGUACACGUCAAGCGGAAGAGGGAAGAGGAACUAGGCGCCGAAGACAAGGUCAUAAUCGAUGUUCGCACAGGCAAACUUGACCCGUCCAUUGGCGAAAAGGCGCAAGCAUCUGAAAAAUGGGAGUCUAGACCGGCAGGCGUCUGGAUCAAGAAAUCACUCAAGCGCCAUGCCAGCGACUCCAAAAAGGCCGUAACAGCCGUCGACAUCUUGUUUGGCGCCGAUGCCGUAGAGCCUCGACCUGGCUGGGCCUUGGUCAAGAAUGGUCCUCUGCACUUGGACAGCAGCAAGGACAGUGCAGAGCCACGCCUCACCAUACGGCGCGGUCGAGCCGUCAAGCUUGAGAAGCCAAUACCAAAGAUUAGGAAGGAUGGCAAAUUCAAGAUUAUGCAGAUAUCCGACUUGCACCUCAGCACUGGUCUCGGCAAGUGCAGAGACGAAGAGCCCAAAGGCGCAAAUGGCGGACACUGCGAUGCUGACCCUAGAACAAUUGAGUUUGUCGAGAGAGUGCUCGACGACGAGAAGCCUGACAUGGUUGUCUUGUCUGGCGACCAGAUCAAUGGAGACACGGCCCCAGAUGUUCAAAGCGCCAUGUUCAAGAUUGUGGAUCCCCUUGCUGAGCGCAAGAUACCGUACGCCGCCAUCUUCGGUAACCACGACGAUGAAGGCACUCUCUCGCGCCAUGCACAAAUGGAUCUCUACGACUCUCUACCCUAUUCCGUCAGCGAACCAGGCACCAACACGAUUGACGGCGUCGGCAACUACUUUGUCGAAAUCCAAGCGCACAGCAGCAAGCACUCGGCCCUAACCCUCUGGUUCCUCGACACACACUCGUAUUCGCCCGACGAAACGCACUACCGAGGCUACGACUGGAUCAAGCCCAAUCAAAUCGAAUGGUUCAAAACCACGGCCGAAAGCCUCAAAGAAGCGCACCGCCACUACACGCACAAGCACCUCGACAUGGCUUUUAUCCACAUCCCCUUGCCCGAAUACGGCGACCGCGACAACGACCGCGUCGGCAACUGGACCGAACCCAUUACCGCUCCAGCAUUCAACACACACUUCAAGGACGCCCUCGUCGAAUUCAACAUCAAAUCCGUCUCGUGCGGCCACGACCACGUCAACGACUACUGCUCCCUCGCAAAGGACCCCACGACGGGCGAACCCCAAAUCUGGAUGUGCUAUGCCGGUGGCAGUGGGUUUGGUGGCUACGGCGGCUACAAUCACUUCCACCGCCGUCUCCGCGUGUUUGAAAUCGAUACGAAUCAAGCGCGCAUUGUGACGUGGAAGCGCCUCGAGUAUGGCGAUUUGGACAAGAAGCUGGAUUUGCAGAUUAUUGUGGAUUCAGGACGCGUUAUGCCGAUUCAGGUGGGGAAUCAAGAGUAAGUGAGUGAGUGGUAUUGUCAUUGUUAUCUCUCUCUUUUUUUCUUUCCUCUUUUUCUUCUUCUUCUUCUCUUGAGAAAAUGGAACGACUAGGGAGGUGUUUGGGCGUGGAUGGGGAGGGGGGAAUGUUCAUACAUGGCUUGAAUUUUGCAUUUGUGAGAAAUGGAUUCAAAAUGUGACUUUUUUUCUACUUUUCUUCUCUUCUUUUUCUUUGACGGGACGAGAAUGUAAUGUC